AUGGCCCCAGAACGCGCAGAGCCCAAGUCUAAAUUGCAGGAAUGGUUUCCCAACGUGAAACAGCCAGUCAUCAUCAGCGCGCCCAUGCUGGGCGUGUCUAAUGGCACGCUGGCAGCACAUGUCUCCAAGGCCGGGGGCCUCGGCAUCAUCCCCGGCGGCGCCGACUUCACCCCCGGCAGCGCACACCUCGCGAACCUGGAGAAGGAGCUGAUCGCUGCGCGGGAGAUACUGGGCAUCGCCGAGCUGACCCUCACUCCGGCGCCGGUCGGUGUGGGUUUCAUCACCGCGAGCCCGAGCGUCUCGCAGUUCAAGGAGACGGCCCUGCCGCUGCUCGAGAAGUACAUGCCCCAAGCGGUGUGGCUGUUCGCGCCGGACCCGGCCGCUGAGCCCCGCUCGCAUCCGGGCAUUAUCACGGCGCUUCAUGAGCAUGGCUUUCAAGUCUUUGUUCAGGUCGGCACAGUGGCGGCUGCGAGGGAGGCGGUGCAAGAUGGUGCAGAUGUUAUCGUUGCGCAAGGCGUGGAUGCGGGUGGCCACCAAUUCCAGCAGGGUGCAGGUGUCAUCAGUUUGGUGCCGGAGAUUAGAGCCAUGCUCGAUCGCGACUUCCCUUCCCGAGGAGUAGUACUGGUAGCUGCCGGAGGCAUCUCUGAAGCGGGUGGUGUUGUCGCUGCUUUGGCACUGGGUGCGGAGGCUGCUGUUAUGGGUACGAGGUUCAUUGUCGCAAGAGAAGCUCUCUCUCCAGAAGUCCGUCGCAAAGUUAUCCUAGAAACGCAAGAUGGUGGAGUGUCCACAGUCAAAUCAUACUUCCACGAUGACGUCCAAGGGACCACCAUCUGGCCUAAAUUGUACGAUGGUCGAGCCAUCAUCGGAGACUCUUACAAAGACCAUGCUUCGGGGCUACCGAUCGAGGAGAAUAUCAAGAAGUUAAAAGAAGCAAAGGAUGCCGGAGACAAUUCCAGAUUGGUGCACUGGGCUGGUACUGGUGUAGGUCUUGUGACAGAGGAGUUGCCGGCGGGCGACAUUGUCAGAUUUGUCCGAGAUGCUGCGAGAGAGAGACUGCAAAAAGUACAUUUCUUGCUCGAUGACGACGACAAGAACAAACGUGACAAGUCAUGGAUCAAGGAGCUUGGCCAGACCCUAUACAAGCACAGAUAA